CGGUCGACCUCGAAACGUCCGAUUUCUCUUUCCACCAGCCUUCGUGAGUCUCUCCAGUGGCAAGGAAGAAAGGGAGUCCUUCACUUGAGCUCCACAAGACCUUCAAGCGACAUUCUUUUGUUGACGUUGGGACUGUCAAGGCUGCUAUUGAAGAGGUCUUCCAUCAGAAAUAAGAGGUGGCACACCUCUCCACUACUAUGUAUGGACAGACUCUGUCAAGGACGACAAGACCGACUUCUUGGUCUCUCUUUUGACCACUGCUGAGGUGGAGGUUGACUGUAGGACUGAAGAUGGCAAUACGCCCCUACAUCUGGCUGUGAAGAAAGGAGACGUGGAGGCAGUGA